AUGUCUCUAUUUCUGGCACCCACUUUCAUACCAACGCCGUUCAAAAUCAUUAUCAAGUGGAAAUGCGUGCCCCCCCUCAAAGGACUUGACCUUCUCUUUGAGAAAAGCACACUCAGUGCUCUUGUCAAUUCGAAUGCUCAAUAUGAUGCACCAACAUGCGACAAAGGCACUCAUGAGGCAAUCAUCCAAAGGAUCAUGGAUUGGGUCAAAAGUGAUGAAGAGCGGGUGUCUGCCCUUUGGCUCCAUGGGCCAGCUGGUUCAGGGAAAUCAGCGUUGGCUAAGACAAUUGCAGAACUCUGCAUGACGAAGAACAGUCUUAUUGCGACCUUUUUCUUCACCAGGACAAGGGAUGACCAUGUAAUGGAUGGAAACCUUUUGAUACCCACCAUUUUCCACAAGACGAGGCAAGAGCAGACAGAGGAAUUGAUCAUCAAGCCCUUAAACACAAAAUUUUCCUGCUUAGAAUACCACUACAGGCAGCUCGUCCAGAGAGCCUCGCCUCAAUUAAUCAUCAUUGAUGGCCUUGAUGAGUGUUUUGGCAAGGAGGUUCAGCGUGACCUGCUCCACAUACUAGGGAAGGCAACUGAAAGCCUGCACCUUCUGAUUCAUUUCCUCAUCGCCAGUCAGCUAGAAACUCAUAUUCGGCAAUUGAUCACUGAUGGGGAGACUUUCAAGGUUGAUCACCUCACCACCCUUAAUCUUGCAGAUGACCUGGACACUGUGCACGAUAUUUGCAUAUACUUGGAACUUCAGUUCUCAAAAAUCCGAAGUAGGCACCCAAUCCGAGACGCGAUUCCAGCAAAUUGGCCCUCACCUGAAGACAUCACAGCUCUCAUAGAGAGAGCAUCUGGCCAAUUUAUCUUUGUCUCAACUGUGUGUGGAUAUAUCAGUUCUGCCAAACACCACCCCGUUAGGCAUCUAAGAAUCAUCAUUGAACACUUGCCACCCCCUGCCGCCGAUACACCUUACGGCCAACUAGAUUUAUUGUACAGCUUCAUCUUCUCCUUCGCAGAAGAGUUGAAGAUAAAUAUCGACCAAGUGCUCCAAGUUUUCGGCAUCUUAAUUGUUCCACGGCCUGAAGGAGCCCCUGACGAUUUAUACACUAUAUACGUCGGUAUUGGCAAGAUUUUAAACAUGACACCAGACGAUGACGUCCUCCUUCUCAACGAGUUUGUAUCCCUCCUUGACCUCCCUCCUCUGUUGAGCUGGAGGCAGAUUAGAAUCCUGCACGCCUCCAUUGCGGGCUUCCUCUUUGAUGCCUCACAGUCAGGCCCCUUCUACAUCAACAUCCACCGGGUUCACAGUGCACUUGCAUUGUACUACCAGAAGCAGACCCAUGAGUAUCUCGAAAAAAUACACUUGUAUCACAAACAUUAG